AUGAAUCGGGCGACAUUGUUAGACAAACAAAACAACUAUAGAACUUUACUCGGAAAACAACCAGCGCGGACAUUUUUGCUCGACGCUUCGCCUCCUUUGCCAAAUCUCCCUGUAGCGGAGGACUUGUGUGCCAGCUUAGAGAAUGUCCUCUCGAUGGCCUGUAACAUAGGAGGACCGUCAAGGAUGCCAUUUCUUAGCAUGCUGGUACUUACUUCCUACCCAGAGUUGUUGCUCCCACUGUCCUACGUUAAAAAUAACUUUGUGAGGCUACAGCAGGCUUGUACAGACCUGAGAACGGCUAUAGGCGAUGCAAGGAACCAGACUGUGUCCGGUGGUAAGGGUUGUGUGGUUCAGGGUCUACAGGAGGCAUGCGCACAUUUUCAGAGACAGACGCACAACAUGGUACAGCAAGGAGGACUUUGUAACCAGUUGGAAGUAAUUAUAGUGUCCUGUCGGAAAGCAGAGUCCAUACAGAAACAAAUUGAAGAUGCAAUCUCGUCAUUGGCUUUAGAAGCCCUCAAACGAAUUCAAGUGGUGUCUUUAACUAAUCUAACUGAUUCAAUGGCUGAUGAACAAUCUGAUGAGUGCACUAGCCAGGGAAGUGCUUCCUCCAACAACAGUGGAAUCAGUGGUCUUGUUGAUGUUGUUCACUUAGAUACAGAUCCGCUGUGCUUACAAAACUUCUUCAGUAGUUGGUUAAUUGACAGCAGUACGGACAGUGAACAUCUGCAUAUUAUCCUUCCACCAGCAUUAACAGCGAAUACUGAUGUUGUUAUCAAAUGUGAUUUACACGAGAGACUGAUUAAUCCGGCACAGCUACCCUUUCACGGACAAUUUACCUUACAUCCUGACUCUGUCAUGAUGAAAACGUUCCCAACAACCAGCAAAGCUCUUGGCAUAUCAUUGCCGAUAUUUCGGAUACAGGUGAACGGAUUGAUGAACGCAAGUGCUAUGUGUGAUUCUAUCGUCUUUGGAAUGCCGAUGAUUGCCCAACCUACGGCGUGUUGGAAAAUUGACUGGGAUGACUUAGAAAAGAAUCAGCAAACAUUUAGAUGUCUUGUCCAUUUGCUACUGAAAAAAGAAAUGAUAAUGAUAGGUCAGCUUGAAAACGUCCUGUCAAACACCUCCACAAAGCGUCCUCAUGGACAAAGUGAGGACAAGCCACAGGGAUGUUUCGUGUUUUUACCUGCUGAAAAUGGAACACUACUUGUAAAAUCAGUUGCUGCGCAAGAGUUAUUGCUACCAUUCCAGCCACCUCCUGUUAUUGAUAAUUGGUCAGAGGAGACAAUUCAAACGUUGCAAUCAUCGCUCGAGAAGGUGGAAGUGAUCGACGUAUACAACCCGCUCCUGUGGCAUUCUCGACUUUACGAAUGUUUGAAGUCAAAACAUAAGAAGGCAGAACCGAGACAAACGAAAAAGAGGCAGGAUAUCACUCCUAAUGCAGCGUUGAUAUCAUCAUCAGUUGCCGUUUCAAGCAAUCAACGGAAAAGGACGUCAUUAUUUAACCCAGUUGUUGCCGGUAACAGAUAUUCAAGUUCUCCAGCUGUGCAAUCGGUUACCGACAGACUUCCACAAACAUUUAACGGGAAACCACUUUUACCGUUCCCUACAGAUCUUUGA